CAUUUUAUAUUUUUAUUAUAAUUAUGGCAAAUUUACUAAAGCAUUUAAAAACUUUAUACGAACAAGAAUUAUAUUCAAAUUUAUCCCGAACAUGUAAUUUAUUAUUGACUGUAGCAGAACAAAAACCUGAUUAUCUCCCAAUCUUAGUGAAGUUCCAAAUCGUUGUCUAUUAUGCAGACUCGUUGUACAACACGCAGUUUUAUUCUCAAGCCGACAACAAUUACCGGCAGGCGUUACAAAUCAAGAAAAUCAUCAAUAACAAAUCGAGGAACUCAAAUAAUAAAAUAAUAGAGAACCAGAAAGAUAUCUCCAGCGAAGUCGACAUCAAAUAUAAAAUACAUUUGUGCUGUUUAGCUUUAAAGCAACGAAAAGCGGCUGCGGAUAUUUUACAAAGUAUCCCCGCCAGACAGAGAACCCCAAAAAUUAAUAUGGCACUAGGAAAUAUCUAUAAAGAAGUAGGAAUGGAAAGAUCAGCUAUAACCUGUUUUAAAGACGUUAUAAGAGAGUGUCCUUUGGCGUUAGACGCGAUAGAAACCUUACUGAAACUAGGAACAAGCGGUGUCGAAGUAAAUUCACUUAUUAUGGUAGUUUCAUCGGACUUACCGUGGCUGAGUUCCUGGAUUAAGGCUCAAGCACAAUUCCAUGCACGUGAAUAUACAACAGCAAUUCAGACAUACAAAUCAAUGGACGUACAUGGAUUAUUAAAAGAUAACAGUUCUCUCUUAGUUAAUAUGGGCUAUUGUUAUCAUUAUAUGCAUGAUGAUUCUAAAGCUAUUGCGAUAUUACAAAAAGCAAUAAGACUUGAUCCAAAUUUAACAUUCGGGAGAGCAUUUCUUUCAACACUUUUAGCUGUAUCAGGAAACAAAGAACAUCAGUAUACUUUAGAGAAUUUAGCACCAAGCUCAGAUGCACAUUUGUGGUCAGUGGAGCAAUGGAUUAUAUUAGGAAAUUUAAUGUAUUUUCUAAAAAAAUAUGAAAAAGCUGUUUAUUUUGCCCAGCAAGCCUGGUUAAUGGAGAACAGUAAAAACAUAGAGGCUUCUCUUUUAAAGGCAAACUCAUUGGUGCAGCUUAAAAAGUACAGCGAUGCCGCUAUUCAUGCUUCGGAAGCGAUGCAAAUAUGUCCCUACCGUUUUGAUUCAUAUAAAUGCCUGGUGGAAUGCUACAUAAACAUGAACCGUCUCAAAGAAGCCGAAACAGUCGCAAUGACAGCUUGCAAGGAAUUCAAUUACACUCCUCAAGCAUACUGUUUACAAGCUCAAUGCUUGUUGAAAGAAUCUAUGCCCAACGGAAAAAAUAUUAGAAGAAUUCUGGAGAAAGCUGUUACACAGGACAAAGAGGGAACGUCAGAAGCCUUAAGCAUGCUGGUGGAGUUCCUCGAAAUGGAAUUACAGCACGAGCAUGCUGUAAAGAUUCUGUUAAAAGCUUUGGAAACGCAAAAACCAACCUCAAAACACUAUCAACUUCUUGGAGAUUGUUAUGUUUAUUUGCAGAACACCGAUGAAGCAUUUAAGGCUUAUACGACAGCAUUGAAAUUAGAUCCUUACAAUCAAAAAGCUUCAGAUGGUUUGGGCAAUAUUGGGGGAAACACCUCAAAUCCAUCUUACAGUUCGAGAAAAAUGGCAAAUUCAGAUAAUGAAGGCGAUGCAGAAAGUGAUACGGACGUAUGGCCGGGAUCCAGUCCUAAUUAUUAAGGGAAUUAACGUAUACAGGGUGUGCCAAAGAAUUUACAACAGAAGGAAUUUCUUCAUUAUUGAUAUUGAAGAAAAAUUUAUGCAGAAUUUCUUCAGCAUAUCCAGUAACAAAAUUGCUGUAACCUUUUUAGCACGUCCUGUAUAUGUUCAGACUGAUUAAGGUAAAAAAGACACAAUUUUUUUUACGUAUAUAAUGUA